CAGUGCAACAAUAGUUCGAUUUGACAUUUAACGAGGUUGGAAUUUAGUUGGAAUUAAUUUCAAUGUGCUUGUGUCUAAUAUUUCUAAUUUAGUGUGAAUUUAAUGAAAUAAAAAUGGCAAAAAGACUGCAAGAAUAUGUGAAAUACACAAUAAAAGAGUUGGAAUCCUAUACGAAACAAGAAGGUUCCUGUGUGCGUAAAAUAAAUUCCAAUUUACAUGUAUCAUUAGGGCCGUAUUGCCUGGCCGAUUUUCAACAUGCGCUCAGUGCUCAUAUAAUGCGUCGGAAAGUUGGCUACUAUGAUGCCAGUCUAGAGGGGAUCGUGUUGGACAUAAAGUGUAUCAAAUUGUUGAGCACCGCAGCUGCAUUAAGAGCAGAUGAUCCACGUAUACAUGUUGACGUGAAUGCCGAUUGCUUUGUGUUUUGUCCCGUCGCUGGUGCGGUACUGAGCGGUGUGGUCAAGCAUAUUGGUAAUCAUCAUAUCGGCGUAAUCAUUUACAGAGUUUUCAACGUGAGCAUUCGGUUUGCAGCAAAAAUCAAUAAGGAAGAGUUUAAAAUGGAUGAUACUGUACAAUUUCGGAUAAAAAAUUUCAAUUUGCAAAAUGUAUUUCCAUACAUUGAAGGCGAUCUUGUGACAGCUAAAGGUGAUAAAAUUACGCAUAAAUUUAUCAAAGUUGAACCUGAAAGUGCGGAAAGCAACAUUGAUUCCGGCAUUGAAGUGCGUGAUAAUCAGGAACUUGACGAGUUAGUUACUUUAAUAAAAAAAGAUCAUGCUUCGGAAGAUGAUGGCACGCCAUCAAAAGCAAACAAGAAAAAAGAUAAACUUCAUGCCAGCAAAAGAAAGCGAAAGGCCAGCGAAAGUAAUGUGUCAUUUAAUGAACCGACGACUAUUAAAAAAGAGCCUUCAUCAGACAAGAAGAAACGUAAACAUAACGAUAGUGUGGAAGAAGUCCAGAUUGUAAAAGAAAAAGCUACAGUGAAAAGUAAAACGAAGAAAAUAAAUGGUGAAUUAUUAAAUGCAACACAAAUUAAAACGGAAGAAUUUGAAGAUUUGUUUACAACGCCAACUAAGAAACGCAAGCCAAAAACAAAUAGUAUAUCGCUAAGUUAGCUACUGACUUCGAGUAUGCUGUAGUUUGUGUCCUCCGAUUCUCCAAAUUAUAAGUAACUAUUUACUGCUACUACAACAACAACAUCUUGUAGUGUGUAAAACAAAAGUGUUUGGACUUUUUUAAAAUAAAAAAUCUUAAGUUUGAAACGCAAAUAUGUUUUAAAAAUAUA